CCCGCCGCCCCCCGCCGACCCCCGCGGGGCCAUGGCCCAGGCCGGACCAGCAGGUGGAUCCCGGCGACGCAGUGGCUUCCGGUGGCAAAUGCAGAACAUCAUUAACGACUCCGUGGAGAGCUCGGACGAUGAAUUCUUCGAUGCCCGAGAGGAGGUGGCGGAAGGGAAGAGCGCGAUCCUCAUCGGGAUGAGUCAGUGGAACUCAAAUGACCUGGCGGAGCAGAUCGAGACGAUAGGGAAGCUGGAAGAGAAUCAAGGAGAAGAGCCUGCGUUUUGUACUUCCAGCCUUCUUCAGGAGAAACAACGAGAAUUAUACCGAGUGUCACUGAGACGGCAACGAUUUCCAGCACAAGGGAGCAUUGAAAUACAUGACGACAAUGAGGACGGAUCUCAGCAGCGGGCCUGCAAAACUCACGUCCUCCUGCUGGUGCUGCACGGUGGGAAUAUCCUGGACACGGGGGGCGGGGACCAGACGUGCAAGGCGGCCGACAUCAACACCUUCAGCUCGGUGUUGGAGAAGGUGACGCGGGCCCAUUUUCCAGCCGCCCUGGGACACAUCCUCAUCAGAUUCGUCCCUUGCCCGGCCAUCUGUUCCGAGGCCUUCUCUCUCGUUUCCAACCUGAAUCCGUACAGCUACGACGAAAAUUGCCUCAGCAGCAGCGAAGACCACGUUCCCCUGGCAGCCUUGCCUCUGCUGGCCAUCUCCUCCCCACAGUACCAGGAUGCGGUUGCCAUGGUGAUCAGCCGAGCCAACCACGUUUACAGCGAAUUCCUCAAAUCUCCAGAUGGGAUUGGCUUCAACGGACAGGUGUAUCUGAUCGGGGACUGCGUCGGAGGUAUUUUGGGCUUUGAUGCCAUCUGCUACAGUACCACUGUUGCCGGGGAAAGUCAGGACAGCAGUCGGAGAGGAAGCACCAGCAGCACACAGGAUAACCCCGUUUUAUCGGAAGAAGAUUGCGGUCUCAGUGGCAGUAAACGCCUAAGCAAAAGCAAUAUUGACAUCUCGGGAGUCUCAGAGGACGAGGAGCCAAGGAAACCGUUGCCUCGGAAACAGAGUGACUCAUCCACCUACGACUGCGAUACCAUAACCCAGCAUCACGCCUUCUUGUCUAGUAUCCACUCGAGCGUGCUGAAGGAAGAUGGGGAUUUUCCACCAGCCGGCAACGCCCAGAUCUUGGAGGUCAACUUGGGGCGGUUUGACUUCGAGGUGUCAGACUUCUUCCUGUUCGGGUCUCCCCUGGGCUUGGUGUUGGCCAUGAGGAGGACGGUGCUUCCCGGGCUGGACGGUUGCCAAGUACGUCCCGCCUGCAGCCAGGUGUACAGCUUCUUCCACUCCGCCGACCCCUCCGCCUCCAGACUGGAGCCCCUCCUGGAGAAGAAGUUCCGCCUCCUGCCUCCGUUCAGCGUGCCCCGGUAUCAGAGGUACCCCCUGGGAGAUGGCCGGUCCCACCUGCUCGUGGACGCGAUCCAACACCACAGCUCCCUGUUCAUGGAGACCAGCGCAGCCAAUAGCCCUUCCUCCCCCGACGCCCCAGCCUCACCUCCUCCGCCCAGUCAGGCCCAGACACGAGUGAGAAGGUCCAGCUUGGUCAGCGUGAACAGCGAAAUCUCGGGCUCCACCGAGAGCCUCCCCUCGGCUAACAUCGCUAACAUCACUGCUAAAUGGUGGGGCACCAAACGGAUAGACUACGCCUUAUAUUGUCCAGACGUCCUGACAGCUUUCCCCACCGUGGCCCUACCCCAUCUCUUCCACGCCAGCUACUGGGAAUCAACCGACGUGGUGGCUUUCAUUCUGAGACAGGUCAUGAGGUAUGAGAGUGUGAACGUCAAGGAAAACGACGGUCUUGACCCUGCCACCCUCAGUCCUUCGAAUCCCCGAGAAAAAUGGCUCCGAAAGAGGACACAAGUCAAACUGAGGAACGUGACCGCCAAUCACCGAGCGAAUGACGUGAUCGCCGCAGAAGACGGCUCCCAGAUAUUAGUCGGGCGCUUCAUGUAUGGGCUGGACAUGGUAGCCCUAACAGGUGAAAAGGAAGUGGAUAUUCUCAUCAUGACCGAGCCCUCCUCGGGGAGAUGGGUGUAUUUUGACACGGAGAUAACCAAUAGCAGCGGCCGGAUUUCCUACAAUGUCCCCAAACCCAAGAGGCUUGGAGUGGGGGUGUACCCCAUUAAGAUGGUUGUGAGGGGCGACCAGAGCAGCGCAGUCAGCUACCUCACGGUGCUGCCCCGGGGGAUGGAGUGCGUCGUGUUCAGCAUCGACGGCUCCUUCGCGGCCAGCGUCUCCAUCAUGGGGAGCGAUCCCAAAGUCCGAGCUGGAGCCGUGGACGUGGUCCGACAUUGGCAAGACCUGGGAUACCUAAUUAUCUACAUCACUGGGCGUCCUGAUAUGCAGAAGCAGAGGGUGGUCUCCUGGUUGUCUCAGCACAACUUCCCUCAAGGGAUGAUCUUCUUCUCAGACGGUCUGGUGCACGAUCCACUGAGGCAGAAGACCAUUUUUCUCCGAAACCUCAUGCAGGAGUGCUUCAUCAAGAUCUGUGCGGCCUACGGAUCCAUGAAGGACAUCUCAGUGUACAACGUCUUGGGUCUGGCCUCUUCUCAGAUCUUCAUCGUCGGGCGUCCCACGAAGAAGUACCAGAAUCAGUGCCAGUUCCUCAGCGAAGGCUACGCGGCCCACCUGUCCUCCUUGGAAUGCAGCCACCGCUCCCGGCCCAAGAAGAGCAAUCCACGGAUGAUCCUGCGGAAGGGCAGCUUCGGCCUCCACACCCAGCCCGACUUCCUGCGGAAAAGGAACCAUCUGCGCAGGACUAUGUCCGUCCAGCAGCCCGACCCGCCCGCCACCAACCCCAAGCCCGAGAGGGCCCAGAGCCAGCCGGAGUCCGAUAAAGACCACGAGCGACACGUGGCCGCUGGCGGCUGGGGACGGAGCGGUCCCCCCAAGUUCGAGCCCAUCCCUUAACGGGGACCCGGGGGCGAGGUCUCGGCCCCUCUCGCGCGGGGAGGGUGCGUCUGGGAGAUUAGGGGCGGGGGGCGGCUUCGACGCCGGUGGGCGUGGGGGGAAAGAUGGAGGAAGACUCCCCCAAACCGGGAGUCCGUCUUCUCCCAAACCCGGGGUAUCCCUCGCUAGUGGCUCAGCCCGUCUCGCACGUGUCCUGUAACGUCCAAACAGAGAAGUGGUGUCUGACGCCCCGGCCACGGUUCACGGCCUGUGAUUACUGAGACAUCUCGAGAUUUUUGAGGGUGGGGGACAGGAUCGUGGGAGUAUCCGCUGGUGCCCUGAGGGAUAGGGAGGGGAUUGCUCUCUGAAAUCUGAUUCUCAAGAAGAACUCGGUGUCUGUAAGCAGAAGCAGGUGAAAUUCACAGAGGCCCAAACGCUUGAUUUCCCUGGGGGGUGAGUUGUGAAAAAAGAUGGGCGGGGGGAUGUUGACUCUCCAACCAGUUUUUCUGUGGUUAAGGGUGAGACCCAUUUGUUUAAUCCAGAGCUGGGAUGAUCUCACUCAGCGACAUCGGACACAGAGUCCCGUCGCCCGAAUUCCGGUUUAUGACAUCAGGCUAGCGAGGCCUUCUCCACAGGGGAAGUGGCUUGGAAGCCCAGCGGUUGGAGAGGGGUGGGUCCACUCUGUCCAGAUGAGUUAACUUCCUGUGAUGUAAAGCUCUGUUGCAACAUGGGUCCUUCUUCAGGCAAGGCGAAUCCUGGUGGAAUCCCAAGUGGAUGAACGGCAAAAAGAUUAAACACACGUCGCUUUUCAGAUUGC